AUGACGAGCAAGGCGACCAUCACCUUCUCCCAGGCGGGCGUGCAGCCGCCCGUCUAUGUCGUCACGUCUCUCGACGACUGGAUGACACUCGAAAUGGACGUGGAAGAGGAGCAUACAGCAUCUGGAGACGUUGUGUUCACAAAAGAGUUCAGCAAUGUCGCAGAAGGCAGCUACCAGUACAAGAUCCGGAUUGGAGAGGGCCAUUGGGUUGUGGACGAGUCCAAAGAGAGCGCUACGGACGAGCACGGUAACCGCAACAACGUCGUACACGUCAAGCCCGCGAGCCAUGUCAAAUCGACAGCCUCCACAGCCGACGCCCCAACAACGAAGGAAGUGACCUCGGAUGUUGCACAACAGAACACGCCCCCAGAGCCACUUGAAGAUCAACUGCCUAGUAUCCCUGUCCCAUUCGUAGUCGUGGAAAAGGUUGCGGAUGAGGACCAGCCAGAAUAUGGCGAUGCAGAACCCGAGAGUCUGCCCUUGGACGCAGCUAAGCGCACAGCUGAUGCCGAGCCGGACUUUGAAGAGGUCAAGGUGGAUCCUCCAGUCAACAUCGACCCACCAAAAUCGCCUGAAAUCCCUCUCCUCGUCGUGGAGAAAACAGACGACAAGCCUGCUUACGGAGAUGACUUUGGCGAGAAUGCUACAUCGUCCCAAAGGGCAGCGCAUGACAUGAGGUCUGCCGACGCAUCACCAGAUCGACUCGUUAUUUCGUCUGACAACCACAUGGAGCUAGAGUCGGACCAAGACGAACCUGCUCCCCUAUUUCCACAUGAAUCACUUCAAACAGACGAUCCACCGCCAGCAUCCCCAAUGGAAACCAUCGAUGAGGAGUCCUUACAAUCUUCGGCUGACCGAACAAGCUCCAGCGAGGUUAUCAAUACGCCAUCAGAUCCAGACGAGUCGGACGACGGCAACGAGCUCGACCAAAGCCCACUUCUACCCCACGAAACCGGACUCGGCGAUAGGAAUGGCAUACUCGACAACGGCCCGCUUCUCUCGCAUGAAAUUGGUCCCGACGACGACAGCGGGAUAGCUAGCGACGAAGAAGACGAGUUCGACAGGGCCCCGCUGCUAUCACAUGAAACGGGUUUCUCGGAUCAUAGAGGAAGUGAGGUUACCACUAACAGUGGCUUCUUGGAAGAUGAUUAUGACAUGGAGCCGCAACACUAUGCUCCUUACCGCGACGAGGAUGAAGGCGUGGAGACCAGGACUUUCGAGCAUCAUCACGCACCGACGUUCUCCUCGCACGGUGAUCAGGACGAGACACCUCUCCUUCCCCACGAACGCGACUCGGCUGUUGCUAGUAGCGCUGGCUCUGAACUGUCUGCAGAUGAUGCUCACUACCUGCAGCAUGGACAACCCACGUUCGGAUACGAAGGUGACAACGCUAACGACUUGUAUGGAGGAGGUCGACGGUCCAAUGUCUUUAGGGCGAGGACAAACAGUAGCACACUUCCACACAAGUUGCCGCGGUCCGAUGCGGAAGAUGAGAACUUGAAUGAUCCAUCGCUCGAGCGCUUCCCAACCAGUCGUGAGCAGAUCCUCGAGCGUGUGGCAUCCAUCGGUCAUCACCUCCCCGAGGACGAAACGAUCGAGGAUGAUUUGCACUCGCCCCAGCUGUCUGUUUUGUCGCAGGCAUGUUCUUCGGUUGAGCUCAUGCCGGUUAAAUCUUACACUUCGUUAGCGUCUGUUCCCGAAGCCGACGAUAGUGACGAUGAAGAUCAGGAUGUGGAGAGUCUGCCUUCGCCAAUAACCUUCAGUAGCGCGCGCCAAGUUCUAGGGUACGCUCGAGACGCGCUGGCAACGCCUGUACCUGACGAUCGCAAACAGCUUGGACUCGUUGAAGAGAAAGUUCAAGUGCCGAGCGCUCGUACUACAGAGUCCAGCGAAGCCGACAAUAUCGACAAGCAUGAUGGAGCGAAGGAUAGCGCGGGCAUCUUGAGCACGAUGCGCGAAGCCAUUAACACACCCACGAAAGUCUCCGAUCCUAUCACACCACCACUGACGCCAGAGAGGAAGAGCACUACAAGCGGGCCAGACGAGUCCGCGACUGCACCCGAAUCGGAACUUCGACAGCGUCGCGAGCUGAAAGAUGACUCCACGCCAACAUCGCAAACCCCGACGAUUGCCUCUAAAGACACUGGCGAUAGUGACAAGAUCACCCGCAGCCUGCCAAGGCUAUCAUUAUCCGUCAGCACAACAGUCCUUGUCGCUGGUAUUGCUGUUGCAGCGUAUUACUCCCUUGCUUUGGCAUCAUAG